AAAUAAUAGAUUGAAUCCUAGAGAGGAAAGAAAAGAUGCAAUGGAGUCAAUUAGGAAGGUGAGGGGAGAGAGAGAGAGAGAGUGUGUGUGUGUGUGUGAAGGCAAUACGCGCCUCCUCUUUCGUUUCUUUUUUCUCUGUUUCUUUUCUUCCCUUUUUGCCUCUUCAACGUUCUUGAGCAAAAACAGAUCGAAGUCGCAGUCCCCUUCGAAUAUAAUGCGGAACGGCUACUCCGUACUCCGUAGCCAAUUCCAUUUCUGCAAAUCAUCUUCGUCUCGGGGAUGUGUUGUGUAUUGCGACAUCACUCAGCUCAGCUCACCUUAUUUUGCCGAGGAACUGCCCUUAGUGGCACACCACAUCCCCCGGUGCAUUGAUACCUACCGUGGACCUGUCUUUGGACACCGUAUGGAGCAGACACUCCCGUUCUUGGCUGCAUUGGGGAUAUGAUUCCCACCACGGCUCUGCGGCUCACCCCUCCGUCCUUUGUUGUUGUGGAGCAGAAGAUGGAGCCAUGGAUAUGGUUAUUUGUUGUAAGUGAAUUAGACGAAAAUCAGGAAAGCGACCGACGUCGCCCCAUCUCCAAC